CAGCCAAGCGCGCCGCGGUUGCCUCCGAGUCCCACCACGUCAAAACCGAAGCCCAGGCAGGAUGCUGCGCGACGACGACCACCACCACCACAGCGGCGGCGCCACCACCACCAGCAGCAACGCCUCAUAGAGUAGAGAGAGAGAGAGAGACGCCGCCACCGACACCAUGCCCCGCUUCACGAGACGAGGCGGCGUGAGGUGAGGUGAGGUGAGAUCCGGGUGCUCCGUCCGUCCGGGGAAGAUCUGGCAGGAGCAGUAGCGAAAGGGGGAGGAGAACGGUUGUUGGGAGCGGGGGGAGGGGAGGAGGAGGAGGAGAUCUCUUCUUCCCGCUCAAUGGAGCGGGGGGAGGGGAGGAAGGGAGACUGCUCCGCGCAAGUGAGGAAGAAGAGAACGCGAAGGAAAAGCGAUGGCCCUGAUUCAAUCGCUGAAACCAUCAAGUGGUGGAAGGAGCAAAACGAGAAGCUUCAGGAGGAGAGUAGCUCAAGGAAAGCACCGGCCAAGGGGUCCAAGAAAGGGUGCAUGGCAGGGAAAGGAGGUCCUGAAAAUUCAAACUGUGCUUACCGCGGUGUUAGGCAGCGGACAUGGGGUAAGUGGGUUGCUGAGAUCCGUGAACCCAACCGUGGCAGGCGCCUAUGGCUAGGAUCAUUCCCUACCGCCCUGGAGGCUGCACAUGCAUACGAUGAGGCGGCGAGGGCAAUGUAUGGUCCAACAGCACGUGUCAAUUUUGCGGAUAAUUGCGCGGAUACCAACUCUGGUUGCACCUCAGCACCUUCAUUGAUGAUGUCUAAUGGGCCCACCACUGUUCGGUCUGAUGAGAAGGAUGAGCUGGAAUCUCCUCCUUUCGUGGUGGUUAAUGGGCCAACAGUGGUGUUGCAUCGGUCUGGUAAGAAGGAUGCAUUGGAAUGUGUAAUCCCUGAUCAGCAGCUUAAAAAAGAAGUGAGCAAUGACUUGAGAAGUACAUGUGAGGAACAGGAGACAAUGGACGCAUGUCAAUCGGAAGGGAGUGUUUUACACAAAGAAGUGAACGUAAGUUAUGAUUACUUCAAUGUUCAUGAAGUUGUUGAGAUGAUAAUUGUUGAAUUGAGUGCUGAUCAGAAAAUGGAAGUACAUGAAGAGUACCAAGAGGGAGAUGAUGGGUUUAGCCUUUUCUCCUAUUAGAGCUGUAGUUAUGCUGCAGGUCAAUAGGAAUAUUUCAUUUAGCCUCUAGGGAAUACUUCAAAUAUCUGCAACCUGAAGCUUUGUAGUCAUUUACGGUUUUCAUCUUACUGGGUAAUAGCUUUAUAUAUACUAUAAGUCAACUGGUACAAGAAGUUGUACUGUGUGUUUAGUGCACUGUGGUAAAAAUGAUUCCAUAUUUAAUGAGCUUACGUUGUUAAUAAUUUUGCUUAUCUUAGUGUUGUUGAACUCAGGUUAGAUCUUGAAAAUGAGUGGCACAUACUUCAAGCAGGAUUUUAGGAUUGCAUUAAAUUACUCAAACACAUAUAUUAGGAAGUUAUUUCUGGAUGCAUAAAAGUAUGAUAAAGUACAAUAGUACAAUGUUACAUGCAUAUGGAUUUUUAAAUACCUAGCAUACUAGUACAGCAUUAUAGGCUCAUAGCGCUCUAUGGUCAUUCAAACUACUAAAAGAUACAUCAUGGAAAUUCUGUAAGGGGAAGUUGCAGACAUUCUCUGAAUUCAAGCCGCCUUGUUUCACUGUGAAAGGUCUUCUGUUUGUUAGGCCAGUAUGUCAGCCAAAUCCAGCCUUUGAUCUCCCAGUCCAUGGUCUUCCCUAGUGCUGCACCACAGACCUUCCACCAGACACUGUCGCCAUAUUCAUCACGUGCAAAAAUGACGCCACCCUUCUUUGUGAAUGGGCGAUACACAGUUGAGUACCUGUCACGAAACCAGGCCCUUGGCUGAAGCAGGGAGAGCUUGGAAGGCUUUGAGGAAUAAACCUCCCUUCCGUUUACACCAUCGUGCAGAAACCAGUUCAAGGUUGCAGUGUUCCCAUGCACAGACUGUUCAAAUUUCCAGGGUUUCAUGGCCAGUGUGAGGCUUUCGCUGACUGAUGCCUUCAGACCAAAUGAGUUUGGGGGGUCAAAUGAACCUUCAAUGCCCUUCUCAAGGCCAAAUUCAUGCGUGGGGUUGUCGGAGGACUUGCUGACUGAAACCGACAGGACCUCUGAUUGUUGCAUAGGUGUGAUUUGCAGCAUGACACGUGAUGGAAAGUGCUUCUCCUCAGAGCCAAGUCCACGUUCGGUCAUAAGGAUCUCAGAGACCAAAGAGUCCACAUCACACCUGAGAUGAAUCCACUGCAAGCUGAAUCACACCUUCAAGUUGCUGAUAAGUAAGCGAAAACAGAAGGCGCUCAUCUUGUGUUGGCACUGCAGGUUCUUCCAUGCCCAUGGCAAUGACUGGGCAGUACAGCUGGACCUUCCAGAGCCCGCUUGCUGAAAGAGCAUAUGAGAACAGUGGUGAUGGCGCCCCAAAUGAAUGGUGUGAGGAUCGUAGCUCAACAAUCCAGUUAGUCACUGCAAGAUUCAUUGCCUGCAUCCAUUGGUCCUCAAGGUUUGCUCCUAACAUUCUGACAAGGGUCUUUGCAGCAUCUUUGCACUUUGGCCCAGUCAGCUGUGUUCUCAGGGAUUCCAGGCAUUGAUAGCGGAGAUCAUGGGGAGCCUCAUAGAUGCAAACUAGGAAGGCCAGGGACAGGAAAACUAUGUUAAACACGCCCUUCAGAUUGCCUUGAAUCUGUGCUCCAGGAAACCGAAAGGACGGUUUCUUGUCUGGUCCAUAUUGCAGCACCCUGUCCACAAUGUCGACAAACAACUCUAGCAUUUCUUGUUCAUCUAGAGCCCUCUGUGUCUUUGAUUUCAGGUGGACUGGUUUUGAUGUCCACAGAGAAAUCGGUACACGGCAAUUUGCAAAGAUGGAGAAGGUGACAAAGGAGGGCUGUGUCGGAGGGGUUUUGACAACCGAUAGGUUAAUCGAUGGCUGUGAUGAUACUGAUGCUGAUGGCAUGGGGCAGAUGCAAAGGGACAUGGCGUUGGAGCGCCACUGGGAGAAUGGAGGUAGGUUGGUGAUCCAACCCCAUACAUCGAGAGGAAAGUUGUGAGCCAUUAUGUUGCUGAAAACUUGAGAUGGUUUUGUGAUGAGAAUGUGCCAAUAUGGUGUGGUUAUAUAGAGGAAAUGGAUGGUGUUCAGUGGAUAAAGGUUUGGCUCAUCCAUGAUUGAGUCUAAUGAAGCAGGGCAAAGUUUUGUGGUAAGGCAGAUUCUUGGUAGUAUCUAGCCAUUGAUCUUAGGGAUUUCUGUUAUCAACUGGAGUCCGAAGAAUCUCCCUUUGUGCGUUGCACCGGUGCUAAAGCCAAAAGGUAACCUGCAACCUGCUAUACGGUAUACUUAUGAUAUACCAAACCAAGUUUGCUAAUGUUGUAGUCAAGAGAAUAUAACGUGGUUCUAAGCAAGAAAGCGGGAAACAAAAUCUCAAUGGUUUGGUGGAAUGGAUUAGUUAA